AGGAGAACCGGAGAUGCGGAACCUGAUCAUGCCAGGGUUGAGGCGGCUGCUGGGCUUCUGCUUUGUCUCCUGUGCUCUGCAGAGCCUAAACACGCGCUCCACCGAGGGGCAUGUGCUGCAGCGAAUGACAGCCUGGGCGUGGAGUGACAGUAUAGCUUUGAGGGUCCUUUCGCGCCUUGAUUUCUCCUCCUGCUCCUCCAUGGCUUCUCUUUUUCAUUUCUUGGGUUUGAGACCCCAGAAAUUGAAGCUCAGCUAAAAGGGAACUGUCGAGCUUCUACCCCACGCUGUUCCUGGCUCCACCGAAGUGAUUAGCCUCGAGUUAUGGGACUGCUGUGGGUAGAGGUGGCUUUUUAAAAAAUUUUCUUCCUUAGUCCUUAUCCCUCUCUGUCAACCCCACACCCACUUUAACAGAACAAAAGCCUCGUGUGUUGCAGCCUUUCAUAGUAGGGACCGAGGCUGCAGGUCACUGCCGCACCUAAUCAUUUGGAGGGCGUUGCAGCCUUCCGCGCCCUGAAGGAGAAAGGGCCAGGGUGGUGAUCCCGGGAUCUCAUUCACGAGGUUCUUGACCUCUUCCUGGGAGUUUGCGACUCCUGGAGUCCUUUGGGUAGUAGGUGUCUUGCUGGAAGGCUUAACUAUGGAAGUGGGAAGCGUAGCUGACCUUAGCACAUAAAAGCCUCGCUCUACACUGGGACAGGAUUUUGUUUUGCUAUUGUGAAUUAUUUAAUGAAACAGCUAUUUUUUUUUUUUUGUCUUAGAUAGAUAAAAUAAUGAUAGUUGCCAUUAACCGAGUCUUAUGUGUGCCGAGUGCUUUACAUAUUUUGUCAUUCGUUCCUCUCAACAAUUCCAGGAGAUAUGUUAGAUUAUCACCACCAUUUUACAGAGUUAGAAAUUGAGGAGCAGUCAAGCAACUUGCCCUAGUGAACAGUUGUAAGAAGAUUGCUGUAUCAACUCAAGAAAGCAAUAGCCUCACUGUCUUUGUAUUUUGAAUUGCAACAACUUUGAUAUCAACAAUGAAGCAAUGAUAUCUAAGAACAAAAGAGUAUUUGCCAACAGUCAUCAAAAUAUCAAGUGAUUGUAUAAGCAGAAACAAGCUGUCGCAGACCUGUGUGUUAGCUAAUAUAUGGAGAAUGCUUUCUUCUGAUGCUAUUUACUUAGAGGCAGUUCUAAUAUAAAUCAUUUCAAUUAUAUCUACAUCAAAUAAAAUAAAAAUGAGUGAAGCCCCCAGAUUCUUUGUUGGACCAGAAGAUACAGAAAUAAAUCCUGGAAAUUAUCGACAUUUCUUCCACCAUGCAGAUGAAGACGAUGAGGAGGAAGAUGAUUCUCCACCAGAAAGGCAGAUUGUGGUUGGAAUAUGUUCCAUGGCAAAGAAAUCCAAAUCCAAACCAAUGAAGGAAAUUCUUGAACGGAUCUCCUUAUUUAAAUAUAUCACAGUAGUAGUAUUUGAAGAGGAGGUUAUUUUGAAUGAACCAGUGGAAAACUGGCCUUUAUGUGAUUGUCUUAUUUCUUUCCAUUCUAAAGGAUUUCCACUGGACAAAGCGGUUGCCUAUGCAAAACUCAGGAAUCCAUUUGUAAUCAAUGACUUGAAUAUGCAGUAUCUCAUACAAGAUAGGAGAGAAGUAUAUAGUAUUCUUCAAGCUGAAGGUAUUUUACUUCCUCGUUAUGCAAUUUUGAACCGUGACCCAAAUAAUCCCAAAGAAUGUAAUCUGAUUGAAGGGGAAGAUCAUGUAGAAGUAAAUGGGGAAGUUUUUCAAAAGCCAUUUGUAGAAAAGCCAGUCAGUGCAGAAGAUCACAAUGUUUACAUUUAUUACCCAACUUCUGCUGGUGGUGGAAGUCAAAGACUCUUUAGAAAGAUUGGCAGUAGAAGUAGUGUUUAUUCUCCAGAAAGCAAUGUACGAAAAACAGGCUCAUAUAUAUAUGAAGAGUUUAUGCCCACAGAUGGUACUGAUGUUAAGGUUUAUACAGUGGGUCCAGAUUAUGCCCAUGCUGAAGCUCGAAAAUCUCCAGCACUUGAUGGCAAGGUGGAACGAGACAGUGAAGGAAAAGAAGUAAGAUAUCCUGUUAUUCUCAAUGCACGAGAGAAAUUAAUUGCUUGGAAAGUCUGCCUUGCUUUUAAGCAAACAGUUUGUGGCUUUGAUUUGUUACGGGCCAAUGGACAGUCCUAUGUCUGUGAUGUCAAUGGCUUCAGUUUUGUGAAAAAUUCCAUGAAGUAUUAUGAUGACUGUGCAAAAAUACUUGGAAAUAUUGUAAUGCGAGAACUGGCUCCACAAUUUCAUAUUCCGUGGUCAAUACCCUUAGAAGCUGAAGAUAUCCCAAUUGUACCAACUACAUCUGGAACUAUGAUGGAACUUAGAUGUGUCAUAGCUGUUAUACGUCAUGGGGAUCGAACACCAAAACAAAAAAUGAAAAUGGAAGUGAGGCAUCAAAAAUUUUUUGAUCUUUUUGAAAAAUGUGAUGGAUAUAAAUCAGGGAAAUUAAAACUCAAAAAACCAAAACAGUUACAGGAAGUGCUAGAUAUUGCACGACAGCUUCUUAUGGAGCUGGGACAAAAUAAUGAUUCUGAAAUUGAAGAAAACAAGCCAAAACUUGAACAACUUAAGACUGUAUUAGAGAUGUAUGGUCAUUUUUCUGGAAUAAAUCGUAAGGUUCAGUUGACUUAUCUCCCUCAUGGUUGUCCUAAAACAUCUAGUGAAGAGGAGGACAGCCGAAGAGAAGAACCAUCUUUACUUCUGGUUCUAAAAUGGGGAGGUGAAUUAACUCCUGCAGGCAGGGUCCAGGCUGAAGAACUUGGAAGAGCUUUCAGGUGUAUGUAUCCUGGAGGUCAAGGAGAUUAUGCAGGAUUUCCUGGUUGUGGUUUACUUAGAUUACAUAGCACCUACAGACAUGACCUCAAAAUAUAUGCCUCUGAUGAAGGACGAGUCCAGAUGACUGCAGCUGCUUUUGCAAAGGGGCUUUUAGCUUUGGAAGGAGAGCUUACGCCCAUUCUUGUUCAAAUGGUGAAAAGUGCAAACAUGAACGGUCUUUUGGAUAGUGAUAGUGACUCUUUGAGCAGUUGUCAGCAACGUGUGAAGGCAAGGCUUCAUGAAAUACUUCAGAAAGACAGAGAUUUUACUGCUGAAGAUUAUGAAAAGCUUACUCCAUCUGGAAGCAUUUCUCUUAUCAAAUCAAUGCAUUUAAUUAAAAAUCCUGUGAAGACCUGUGAUAAAGUUUAUUCCUUAAUUCAGAGUUUGACUUCUCAAAUCAGACAUCGAAUGGAAGAUCCCAAAUCAUCAGAUAUUCAGCUUUACCAUAGUGAAACAUUGGAGCUUAUGCUACGUAGAUGGUCCAAGUUAGAGAAAGACUUUAAAACAAAGAAUGGAAGAUACGAUAUUAGUAAAAUCCCUGACAUAUAUGACUGUAUAAAAUAUGAUGUCCAGCAUAAUGGUUCCUUGAAAUUAGAAAACACAAUGGAAUUAUAUAGGCUUUCGAAGGCAUUAGCAGAUAUUGUUAUCCCUCAGGAAUAUGGUAUAACUAAAGCUGAAAAACUGGAGAUUGCCAAAGGCUACUGUACUCCUCUGGUUAGAAAAAUUCGCUCAGACCUUCAGAGGACACAAGAUGAUGACACUGUAAAUAAACUUCAUCCUGUGUAUUCUAGAGGUGUUCUUUCUCCUGAACGUCAUGUUCGUACUAGAUUAUAUUUUACUAGUGAAAGUCAUGUACAUUCUUUGCUGUCUAUUCUUCGCUAUGGUGCCUUAUGCAAUACCAAUGAUUCUCAGAAUGAAGAUGGAGGAAUGGUGAAGGAGAUGGAAUCAAAGGAUGAACAGUGGAAAAGAGCUAUGGAUUAUUUAAAUGUUGUCAAUGAGCUCAACUACAUGACUCAGAUUGUUAUCAUGCUUUAUGAGGAUCCUAAUAAGGAUCUUUCCUCAGAGGAACGCUUUCAUGUUGAAUUACACUUUAGUCCAGGAGCCAAAGGUUGUGAAGAAGACAAAAAUUUACCAUCUGGCUACGGAUAUAGACCAGCUUCCAGAGAGAAUGAAGGCAGGAGACCUUUUAAAACUGAUAAUGAUGAUGAACCACAUACUUCUAAAAGAGAUGAGGUUGAUCGAGCUGUGAUAUUGUUUAAACCAAUGGUAUCAGAGCCAAUUCAUAUACACAGGAAGUCUCCACUUCCAAGAUCUAGGAAGAUGGCUACAAAUGAUGUAAAUUACUCAAGUAAAAUCUUGAAGACUUUUUCCAGCGUCCAUCAUCUCCAUGGAUAUCAGAAGUUUGUACUUCCAAAAGACACACAGAGAAAAAGACUGUUCUCUUCAUUUUGUGAAGAGAGCCCCCUGAGUGUGUCUAGCCCAGAGGGUACUGGUACCUGGCUGCAUUAUACCAGUGGUGUGGGUACUGGGCGUCGAAGACGCAGAUCAGGGGAACAAAUCACUUCUUCCCCUGUCUCCCCCAAAUCAUUGGCUUUCACAUCCAGUAUUUUUGGCUCAUGGCAACAGGUUGUAUCUGAAAAUGCUAAUUACCUGCGAACACCGAGAACUCUUGUGGAACAGAAGCAGAAUCCUACUGUAGGGUCUCACUGUGCGGGCCUGUUUAGCACCUCGGUGCUCGGGGGUUCUUCAAGCGCACCUAACCUACAGGAUUAUGCUCGUACUCAUCGUAAAAAGCUGACCUCUUCUGGCUGCAUAGAUGACGCCACACGCGGUUCUGCUGUUAAAAGGUUUUCUAUCUCAUUUGCUCGACACCCAACCAAUGGCUUUGAAUUGUAUUCCAUGGUGCCAUCUAUUUGUCCUCUAGAAACUCUUCAUAAUGCCCUAUCUUUAAAGCAAGUGGAUGAAUUUCUUGCUUCCAUUGCUUCUCCAUCAUCUGAUGUUCCACGGAAGACCCCUGAAAUUUCCUCUACAGCUUUACGUUCCAGUCCAAUAAUGAGAAAAAAAGUAUCUUUAAAUACGUAUACACCUGCAAAGAUCCUCCCAACACCACCAGCUACCUUAAAGAGUACUAAAGCAAGCAGCAAACCAGCUGCAAGUGGACCUUCUAGUGCAGUUGUUCCUAAUACCUCAUCUCGGAAAAAGAGUAUAACUAGCAAAACAGAAACGCAUGAACACAAAAAAAACACUGGGAAAAAGAAAUGAAAUCUUAGCAGAAACUGGAACUUUUUAUACUUAUAAAAAUAGUAUGUUCUUAUGUUUCUCCUUAUGCAUUUAUGUGUUCACUUAAAAAUGUUUUUAAAUCUAAGGGUUUCUUUGUUUAUAUUCAGGUAAGGAACUUUUGUCAUGAUCUGGAAAUGUUUAAAACAAUGUUUGUAGGCAUUCUGUGAGUAGCAAAACUUAUAGUGAUAAAAAUUGAUUGUUGUUAAUAUGAUGUUUACCAUGUGCACAUAGUAAUGAAAAGGAACAUAAAAGCCCAGCAGGCUCGUACCAAAGUCACACCAGUAAUGCUGUGUACUGCAGAGUCUGAUUAGAUGGCCUUUGUGCACACUUUUAUAUUCAUGGGAUUGCAUCUUAGCUGUAAAAACUUCUAGGUUGAAAUUUGAUAGCCAGGGUUACAUACUGGGGACUUUUAAAGUAUCUUUCCAGAGAGAUUUCAUUAACCGUUUAGAUUAGCAUAUCUUUCCCAAUUGUUACAGUGACAUAUAUGCUGCAAUAUUUAACAACUAGAGUAUUAGCCACAUGGGCUAAUUUUCAAUCUGUGUUUUGAAUUUUUUUUAUUAUAUGUUAUUUAAAAUAUUACAUAUGCAGCUGGGAGAACUACACCUUUGUGCACAUAGAUUUAUAUAUUAAUUUGUAGAAAAUAUUUUCUUUAUAUAUUUCCUUACCAUACAAGGUGCCUUGUUCAUCAGGAAAACUUUUGUUUCAUAUGUUGACAAGAAAGGCACCUUUAGAGUUUCUUUUUAAGUAUAGUUGACAAAUGUAUAAAUGUUACAUUUAUUUUCAGAGUUCUUUUUAGAUCUAAAGAAGUCAGUUCAAAAAUGGAAAUCAACAAUGUUAGGAGAAAUCUGAAUUCUGUUUAGUUAGUACAUAUUAUGUAUAGCAUCUGUUUUUAACCAUUUCCAUUCUUAUCCCUAGUGUAUCAGUUGAUCACACUAAGAAAGCUUAAAGAUUGAGCAUUUGAAAUAAAUGCUGUUUAUAAAUGAUUAGAUUUUUGAAGGGAUAUUGAAAUCAUUGUGCUGUGAUUUCAUCUAUGAUAUGAAAAAUAAAUUUAUUAUCCUUGGUGCUUUUCCCCCCAACCAAUGCACAAAUAAUUGUGAACCACUUGAAAUGACUUAAACUGGUAAUCCAAAUGGGAUAAUCUGAUAAGAAUUUCAUGCAUUGCUAGUUAAAUAACUUAAAUUGCUAAAGCUUUAGCUUGAAACUUAACGUUUAGAAAAACUAUAGAUUUCCCAUGGUAUGAAUAUAACUAUCGUAAUUCUUCAAAAGAGAUUCUUCUCACCUUAGUCAUAUAUGAAUUAACUUAUAGGAAAUAAGCAUACUAUAUGUUAGCUGUUUUAAAAGGUACCAGAUGUAAGAGUUAUAAAUAUAUACAAUUAAAGAAGUUCAUGUACUUCACAUGAAUGUAAAUGUGUUAUAUGGAGACAUGUCUUGUAAACAGUUGAAUGUAUGUAAGUUUUCUGUUUGUGAAAAUGUAGUUAAUGUACUCACUGUGGAGGUAAUAAGGAAACGACUUUUUUUUUAAAGUGGAACCUAAUUAAAAUAUUUCCAGAAUCAAAGAGA